AUGGCUACGGCGCGCAACGUCCAGCUGUCGACGUCCGACACGGGUGUCUUCAGCGUCGGGGUGAGGGAAGAUUCGGCGCGCGCUGCGAGUGAGGUGCUGCAGGAUGAUUUGGAGAAGCAUCAUGUCUUCUUUAAUGAUAUAGGGUUCCAUAACCACAUCGUCCAUCAUGUCCUCACGAUUUAUGCGCUGGGUGGAUCGCCGGAUGAGAUCAAGGCUGCUUAUGAGAGGGACAAGCGGUACCAGAGGUCUGUCUUGCCCACGGACGACGGUGUGGUUCAGGCAUUUCAGGACAAGGCCCAGUUCCGGCAGCAUCUCGGAAAAGAGAAGCAUUAUCCCAACUACUUGGCUUUCUUCCAGCAGGAGAUUGAUAAGAGAGGCGUGGGGGAUGUGCUGAACGAGUAUCUCUUCUCUGGAACCGAGAACGCUGAGAACAUGCUCAGUCGGCUCUUUGGGGGUCUGCUUCAUCCACUUAUCCAUCUUGGAUUCGGGAUUGAAUUUGACCAGCCGGCGAUUAUCGCAGAGGGGCUCGCUCAAACCGCCGUCCAUGACAAUUGGAUGGGUCAGUCAUAUCUCCUGCCGGUUGAGAAGGCAGCAGGAGGGAUCGGGAAGCACGGGAAGAAAACGCUCUUGCAGAUAUUGAAUGAGGCACGCGCCGACAAGAAGCUGGCUGAGUCUGCGAAGUGGGAGGACGGGAAUAAGAUGAGAGAUGGCGUUUUGAAGCGAGCGCCAGACGAAAUGAUCAAAUUUGCAGCCGAGUUCUCUGUGUCGGCAGAGCAAGUGGAUGAGAAACUUGCUGAGAUCAUCAGCACAGUUGCCUACUUCACCAGCGCUGCUCAGCGUCCACCGAAGCAGGUCAAGCUUGACUUCUUCCUGAUGCACUGCGUGACAGCAUCUAUAUUCUUCUCUAAGAUCGUGGCUCUCCCAUAUUUGGACACUCGCACCAAGCUUCGUCUACUCGAGUGGAAAGGCCGGGCGGAUCUCAUGCUCUACGUGUCCCAAGGCGCGCCGGAGCUCCUUCUGGAUGAAGUAACUACGUAUGAAGUUUCGAAAGACUGGAACACAAUCUUCCGCUUGAGCACCGCCCAGCCACGCGACGAUGGUCACUUAUCGAAGCUGGUUAGAGCUUUAGCUCAUGGCGAGAAGGCUUGCCAAUCAUUUGAGGCUCAGGCUAAGGAGCUGGGAAUUAUGGUCACCGGUGACAUGUGGCAGAAGAUUGGAAGCAUGGCUAUCGAUUCAACCAGAGAAGACCCCAUGUGGGUGCGCUCUACAGGGUUUGAGCAAGCAUGGGCAGAUUUCCAUGAUCGGUCGCGCAUGUAA